AAUUGGCUUCUCACCAUGUCUUCUCACAAGACUUUCAGAAUCAGACAAUUGCUGGCCAAGAAACAAAAGCAAAAUUGUCCUAUUCCUCAGUGGAUUGGGAUGAAAACCGGUAACAAAAUCAGGUACAACUCCAAGAGAAGACACUGGAGGAGAACCAAGCUGGGCCUGUAAGGAUUCACACAA